AUGGAAUCGAGGAAAAACUCUGAUCGUCAAAUGCGUAGAGCUAAUUGCUUUUCAGCUAGUGAGAGGAUGAAGACAAGGUCACCGUCUGUGAUUGUGAUUGGAGGUGGUUUUGGUGGAAUCUCUGCUGCUCGAACUCUUCAAGAUGCUUCCUUUCAGGUUAUGGUACUGGAGUCUCGUGACAGAAUUGGUGGACGAGUUCACACUGAUUACUCAUUUGGUUUUCCAGUUGAUCUUGGUGCUUCAUGGCUGCACGGAGUGUGCAAAGAGAAUCCUCUGGCACCAGUAAUUGGGAGACUGGGAUUGCCCUUGUAUCGUACUAGCGGUGACAAUUCUGUCUUGUAUGAUCAUGAUCUUGAGAGCUAUGCUCUGUUUGAUAUGGAUGGCAAUCAGGUUCCUCAAGAGUUGGUAACAGAGGUUGGCGUAACUUUUGAGCAGAUUUUGGAAGAGAUCAAUAAAGUCAGGGAUGAGGAGGAUGAAGACAUGUCAAUAUCUCAGGCUUUUUCAAUUGUAUUUUCGAGGAAACCUGAAUUGAGGUUAGAGGGGCUUGCACACAAUGUACUUCAGUGGUACUUAUGCCGUAUGGAAGGAUGGUUUGCCGCCGAUGCUGAAACCAUCUCUGCAAAGUGUUGGGACCAGGAGGAGUUGCUGCCUGGUGGACACGGUCUUAUGGUGAGAGGGUAUCGUCCUGUCAUCAAUACUUUGGCCAAAGGGCUUGAUAUUCGCGUAAGCCAUAGGGUUACUAAGAUUGUAAGGAGGUAUAAUGGAGUGAAGGUAACAACAGAAAACGGACAAACGUUUGUUGCGGACGCUGCAGUGAUCGCUGUUCCUCUUGGAGUUUUGAAAUCUGGAACGAUAAAAUUUGAACCAAAGCUACCAGAGUGGAAACAAGAAGCUAUCAACGACCUCGGAGUAGGAAUCGAGAACAAGAUCUUACUGCAUUUUGAAAAAGUCUUCUGGCCAAAAGUAGAGUUUCUAGGAGUGGUUGCGGAAACCUCCUACGGUUGCAGUUAUUUUUUGAACCUGCACAAGGCCACGGGUCAUCCCGUUCUGGUUUACAUGCCGGCUGGUCAGCUCGCCAAAGACAUUGAGAAAAUGUCUGAUGAAGCAGCUGCUAAUUUCGCCGUCUUGCAACUCCAGAGAAUUCUUCCCAAUGCAUUGCCUCCGUUACAGUAUCUAGUGUCUCGGUGGGGUUCGGAUGUGAAUUCAUUGGGAUCUUAUAGCUACGAUAUCGUGGGCAAACCUCAUGAUCUCUACGAGAGGCUUAGAGUUCCAGUGGAUAACUUAUUCUUCGCCGGUGAAGCUACAAGCUCGAGUUUCCCCGGCUCGGUUCACGGCGCUUAUUCAACCGGAUUGAUGGCUGCCGAAGAUUGCAGAAUGCGAGUCUUGGAGCGGUAUGGCGAGUUGGAUCUGUUUCAGCCUGUGAUGGGUGAAGAAGGACCUGCCGCUGUUCCGCUUCUUAUCUCUCGUCUCUAA